CCAUUCCUCCAUUUACACUACUCCGUAUCUCACUCUACAAUCCCCAACUACAGUCAUUAGUCAUUACAUCGUUUCUUCUCUCUCUCUCUCUUUCCCUCUUAAGGUGGCCGACAACUCGACAAUCCUUGAUUUGUGGACAUCACAAGCCCCUCCUCUUCAUCCAUCCGUCCACGUGUCCUCUACCGACGGCUUACCCUAACUCAUCCCCCUCUCAUCACGGCUUGUACGGCCCCAAUCCCACUCCUCUCCUCUCUACUCUACUCCCAUCAUCACCCUCUCCUCAUCAUUAACUGUUUUCUCUCUCCUCCCUAAACCAAUUCCCAUUAAAGCCUUAUGGAGUACUAUACUCAUGUCAAACCAAAAUAAACUAAUUCGUCUCUCUCAUAUAAAAUCCAAAAGGUUUUCCUACGUCCACUCCCUUCGUUCUCUUUUAAUUGCAACGUUUACCAAUGCAAGACGUACAAUCUUUCAACGGUGGCGUUGUCGGCGGAAGGUUAUUGCUAAAGCGGCUUAACCUCCAGCCGCAACAGGAACAAAUUAACAAUAGUAUUAACAACUAUCAGUUCCAGCAUCAGCCUCAGCCGCAGCCGCAACCGCAACAGGCGGUGUUGAAAUGUCCGAGGUGUGACUCCUUAAACACAAAAUUCUGCUACUACAACAACUACAAUUUGUCUCAACCUCGUCACUUUUGUAAGAACUGCCGCCGUUACUGGACCAAAGGCGGUGUUCUUCGUAACGUCCCUGUUGGUGGCGGCUGCCGUAAAUCGUCCAAACGCUCAUCAUCAAAACCUAAAUCGUCGAGCAAUAGUAACAAUUCUCUCACCUCGAAAAAAAUUGUUCAGAGUUCUCGAUCGAGUAGCGAGAGUUCCUCCACGCCUCCUCCCGCCGUAGGCGGUGUUGGAUUGUUUCAAAUUCCGGAGGUGGAGAAUUUCGGAGUGUCGUCGGAUUUAGAACCGCUGGUUGAUUCCACCGCCAAUGAUAUAUUUUCCGGCGAUAUUGGAGGGUUUAUGAGCUUAAUUACCAAUAAUAGUAAUAAUACUGAGAAUGCUAAUAAUAGUAAUAACAGUGUCGUUGUUGAUGAAGGGAAUGCGGCUGCAACGGCGUCGUUUACUGAGUUUCUGCAGAAUCAACAGGCAGUUCAGGAGUGGGAUAUGGAGAAGAUUUGUGGGGGCCACCAUGAGGAAGAUAAGAUUGCGAGAUCAGUUGAUCUGGUGGUGGAUCCGACGGUUGGGAUUGAGGAUUUGUUGCAGAACAGGGGAAGUAAUGUGGGGUUUACAACACUAGAUUGGCAUCUAACGGUUGGUGAUAACAGUGACGACAACAAUAAUCAAGGUUUAUAUGAUGUUCCUGAUAGUUCUACUGUUGAUCAUCAAGCUUAUUGGAGUCAUUCAACGACAGCCGUUCAUCAUCAUGAUGAUCAUCAAUGGUCUGAUUCUACUUCUAGCCACCUCCCCCUCUUUCUUCCUUAAUUUAAUUUUUCUCGUUUAACAUCCAAUAAUUAAUAUAUUAACUACAAAAUGAGUUCUUUUUUUAAUUGUUUUUUAAGAAAAAGACUCGAAAUGUAAAUUUGUUUACUACUCUGUACCUGUUUUUACCCCUUUAUUUGUUGGGGCGGUUGAUUAGGGUUGAUUAAUAUUCAAAAGGAUAAUUCAUGUUGUUCGGUUGGUUUUUAUCAAACAAGGAUGAUAUGGGUGUUUGAUUUGUA